GUGCGAGGUAAUAGUUGUACGGAGGUGUACCGAUCGGGAUAAGAAAUCCAAUGCUGAAGUAAUCUGUUUAUAAAUAGCAGUCAAGAUUGGACAUCGGUGGAAUAUAUUUUAUCGUGUUGAUUUACGGUAACUCAGGUAAGUUGUUUUAAAAUGCCUUUGCUGGGGAAGAUAGUGGUGAUCAAGAGGACCGGAGGAGAUGGCACUGAAUUUCCUCUUACUGCGUCCUGUCUUUUUGGAAGGAAGCUGGACUGUGAUAUUCGAAUUCAGCUGCCACAGGUGUCAAAAGAGCAUUGUAGAAUUGAGCUGAAUGAGAACAAAGAGCUUAUUUUGACAAAUUUAAGCUCUGUGAACCCCACACGUGUUAAUGGAGAAGUCUUACAACAGUCUGAACGUUUAAAACAUGGUGAUCUCAUCACAAUCAUUGAUCGUUCUUUCAGGUUUGAGUAUCCACCCCCAAAAACACCGAAGAAAAAGAGGCUGUCCACAGCUGGAAAUGACAAAACUGUUCAGGAUAAAAACACCCCUGCUCCUGUGGAGAAAAGGAAAUCAGAGAAUUCCUUUGAAAAUUGUUUAAAAGAUGGGUCCAAUUUGCCCCCAUCAAUGGAUCAAACUGUUGAGACCGCAGAAGAUGGCAAACUUAGGAAGGACAGUAUGUCUCCAUUCGGUGAGCUCUACCAAAUGGUUAAACAGGACCUGGCUACUAAAUCACCGUGGAAGCCUGGGCUAACGAAGACACCUAUUGCAAAACCUCAGGUUGAGCAUGAGGAGCAUGUCAGGGAUGAGCAAGAAGCUCCCAUUGCAGAUGUUAAAAGUACUCCUAAACGGGUCACAACCCCAUCUAUUAAGAAUCGAAGAUCCUCAAUUCUGGAGGAGAAAUCUGCUGAAGAUAUGGCUUCAAUAGGGUCUAGCACCCCAGAGAAAAGUUUAACUCCUGUGUCUCAGAAAAAGAGAACACCCUUAAAAACACCUCAGAAGUUCAAUGCCGGUGAAGUAGUCCAGCAGAUUCUCAUAGAGGAGAAAACACCCAAAUCCCCGAAAGGAAGGCGAAGCAAUGGAUCUCAGGAUCUGAGCAUUGUUCCCCAAAUAUCUUCAUGCCAACCUCAGACUCCAGGCCCAGAGGCUAAGAACAACAAUGUGAAAAUGUCACCAAGAACUUCCCCAAGAGCAAAUGCUGGUAAAAGGUUUCAAGUUCAAGAUGUUCUGCAUGAGAUUAAGACCACCACACCGGUUUCCAAGGACAAAGAUAAUGAGCAGUUGGAUGCUAACAAAUCGCUCACUGAUGUAACCCCUCUUAAAGUAAAGAGAAAGCGGGUUUCCUUUGGUGGGCAAUUGAGUCCAGAGCUCUUUGACAAGAGGCUGCCCCCCAAUUCCCCCCUCUGCCGCGGAUCAACCCCAGGGCGACGCAGUUUAGGACCUUCACAAAAACCCCAUUCUCUCCUACGGCGAGCAUCGACCAUCGGUCUUUUGGCCCUUCGACUUGAAGCAGUUGCCAAGGCUCAAAAUAUUGCUGCAAAGAAAUCAUCACCUAAACGGGCAACAUCAGCGGUGAAGACUCCAUCACCUGCCAAGAUGUCACCGAAUACCAAGGCUAAAACUCCAUCACCAAAGCGUCAAAAUUCACCUGGUGCAACCAGAGUACCCUCAUCAUCCUCUACACCUGCAUCUGCUAGAAGGGCUUCAAGCUCAAUGAUCAAGGUUGCGGGUGAUGCAUCUGUAACUGAAACACCUAGAGCGCAGGGGCGGUUUUCAAUCUCUCGUGUUAGCACUCCAUCACCUGCCCAGGAUCAGGAGGAAAAGAGUAAAGUGGAGCCAACCAUCGUUGACCGUUUCCCUCAGGAGUCCAUAACACCAAAGAUCCCGUUACGAAGGAAGAGCAUGAAAUCUGCAAGGAAAACCCCCAAGAGUGCUAUAAAAAGUCAACUUGAUGUCAUGCGUUCAAGACGCAGUGGAGCAUCACUGGCUAAUCUGAAAGUGUUGACCUCUUGGGCUGAUAUUGUGAAGUUUGGUCAGACCAAACCCCAAACAGAAGUUACAACUAAGAAAAAAAUUAUGAAGGGCAGAAUGGUGAAAAGAACUGUAGUGUCAAAACUCAAGACCCCUGCACGAAGGCUGAAGGAUGACAUCAGCACUGGACAUGCGGCAUCUCCAGCCACCAUUGUUGUUGGCAAGGCCCAUAUGCGGAUUAACCAGCCUGUUGGUGCCGCACCUAAAAUAGUGCCCAACAUGGCACUAUUAAAAAAGGACAUGAAAAUGGAUGAGGAUUUUACAGGUGUUGCUGACAUUUUUAAAACUCCAGCCAACAAUAAAUCUAAGAAUGUAAUCUCCAUGAAAAAUGCAUGUCCAGAGACACCUAUGGAUGAGAUGUCAAUUAUGAAAACACCCGAAGAAUCUGGUGAAAUGAUUGUAUCUCCAUUGAGCGUGGUCUCCACAGCCAAAUGUGGACGUUAUAACAAUGAAGCAGUAACACGACUUCUGGACAACCAGGAUGGUAGUUUAAUGGAAGACUCAAAUGAAGCAUUCAUCCAUGAAAUCAUUCCAGCUAAAGAGAUACCCCCUAUUGACCAAAUGGAGGAAGAGGCGGCUACCCCUGAAACUCCAUUCAGAGCUCCAAAAAAGGAAGCAGCACCAUCACUAUGCCUCACUGGAGUCAGAAAACUCAUGAAGACACCCAAACAGAGGGCUGAACCGAUUGAGGACUUGAGAGGCAAGCUGCUGAAGACCCCCAAGGAAAUUAAACCUGCCCAGGAGGAAAGCCUAGAAGGUGUUAAGGAACUCCUCAAGACUCCCAAGCACAGGGGAGCUCCAGUAGAAGACAUGGUUGGAGUAAAAAGAGUGAUGCAGACACCAAAAGAGAAGUGUAACCCUGUACUGUGUGCGGCUGGUCUUCAAAGGCUCUUUAAAACACCAAAGGAAAAGUCUGAGCAACACGAAGACCUCACUGUGAUGAAAGAGCUGAUGCAAACACCAAAAUUAAAGAGAGAGCUGGUGGAGGAUACUUCUGGGGUGAAAUGUUUGAAAACCCCUAAAUUGAAGAGAGAAGUUGAAGAGGACCAAACUGGUGUUCAGCAGCUGUUGAAGACACCUAAGCUAAAGAGAGGACAAGCUGAAGAGGACCAAACUGGUGUUCAACAGCUGUUGAAGACACCUAAGCUAAAGAGAGGACAAGUUGAAGAGGACCAAACUGGUGUUCAACAGCUGUUGAAGACACCAAAGCAAAAGAGAGGACAAGUUGAAGAGGAACAAACUGGUGUUCAGCAGCUGUUGAAGACACCUAAGCAAAAGAGAGGACAAGUUGAAGAGGUACAAACUGGUGUGCAACAACUAAUGAAGACGCCCAAGCAGAAGAGAGGACAAGUUGAAGAGGACCAAACUGGUGUUCAACAGCCAAUGAAGACGCCUAAGCAGAAGAGAGGACAAGUUGAAGAGGAACAAACUGGUGUUCAACAGCCAAUGAAGACGCCUAAGCAGAAGAGAGGACAAGUUGAAGAGGACCAAACUGGUGUUCAACAGCCAAUGAAAACCCCAAAACGCAGAGGGGAACCAGUUGAGGAUCGGAUGAGUGUAAAGAGGCUAAUAAAGACCCCCAAGAAGAAGGCUGAGCCUGUAGAGGACUUAACUGGUGUUAAGCAGUUAAUGCAGACUCCGAAGCAAAAAGUUGAACCUGUCAACAAUCAGUUUGGAAUCUGUGAACUGAUGAAGACUCCUCAAUUGAGAGGAGUGGUUGCAGUGGAGGAUUUCACUGGCUUUAAAAAGCUUGAGGAUCCAGAGAGCAGCUCCACCCAUAUAACACAAAGUUUUGUGACUGAGCCUACUGAGAUACAAGAGCCUUUGCAAGCUGCGGAGAGGGACUCUGCAUUGCCAGCUGAAGAUGUUGAAGAAUGUGACCACAAAGAAAAUUUCUGUCCAGUUGAAACCAUGGAAACUGAAGUGGUAAAAUUAUUGGAAUCGCAAUGCACUGCUGAAGCAGUUUACUCUCAACAUCAUCGGGAGAUUGUAAUCCACCCUGACGAGAAUGAAAAGGAGCCUGUUUCAACUGAAGUUAUUGAUGUCUGUUCUUCUGAAAAGGAUGGGGAAACCAAAGAACAGUCCGAAGAAACUGUUUGUGCCUCUGAAAAUUACAGAGUAACCGAUGCUACCUUAUCUUCCACAGCUGAAGAGGAUGGGGUAAGCAAGUCUUUACCUGCCAACAAAAUCCAACGUAGUCGAGGAAGAGCAGCACAUAAAACUAAAAAUGCAAAUGAUUCAGAAGUGGAUAAAGAAGAGCUGGUCCAAGCCCAUGUUUCUAGACCUGGCAGGAGGAAGAACACUAAUAAUGAAAUUGAAAGCCAACUUUCUCAAGUGCAUGAACAGAAAAUAACUGAAAACAUUUGUGAAGAAAUUGCUAUUGCACCAGAGGGUGGCAUUGUACUGGAUACACCAGUAAGUACUGAGGCUCCUAUCACUGCAACUAGAGCUAGGAUGGGAAGGCCAACUAAGAAGGGCAAUAUGACUACCGAGCCCACCGAUACUUUGGGAAAUUAUAUGACAACCACUCAUGCUGCUGUAGUGGCUGAGAAGGCACUGACUUCUGUAGCAAAAUCAGGACAGGGAAGGAUGGCUAGAAAAGGAAAUGUCAAGUACCAAGCUUUGGAUGAUGAUCCCAAGAUUGUUGCCCAAACUGUGGCUGAGACCAAGUUCGACAGUAAAGAGCCCGAAGCACCUCUAGCAAAGUCAGGGAGAGGUCGGAAGGCUACAAAAAAAACUAAGGACCAAGCUCUGGAUGAUCAUCCAAAGGUUGUUCUAGAAACUGUUACUGGAGCCAGCAUCAACAAUAAAAAAGAACCUGAACCACCUGCAGCAAAGUCAGGACGUGGAAGGUUUGCUAGAAAAGGAACUGUCAAGGACUUGGCUUUGGAUGAUGAUCCCAAGGUUGUUGGCAAAAUUGUGGCUGGGACCAAGUUCGACAGUAAAGAGCCCGAAUCACCUCUAGCAAAGUCAGGGAGAGGUCGGAAGGCUACAAAAAAAACUAAGGACCAAGCUCUGGAUGAUCAUCCAAAGGUUGUUCUAGAAACUGUUACUGAAGCCAAUAUCAAUGAUAAUGAACCACCUGUAGCAAAGUCAGGGCGUGGAAGAAUGACUAGAAAAGGAACUGUCAAGGACCAAGCUCUGGAUGAUCACAAGGUUGUUGCCCAAACUGUGAUUGAGACCAGUGUUGACCAUAAAGAGGAGCAUGAAGUGCCUGUUGCAAGACGAGGAAGGAUGACUAGAAAAGGUGCUGUCAAGGACCUAUCGCAGGAUGAUGAUUCCAAGAUCGUAAGCCAAACUGUAGCUGAGACCAAUGUUGACAGUAAUGAUGAGCAUGAAGUACCUGUUGCAAGACCAGGAAGGAUGGCUAGAAAAAGAACUGUCAAGGACCAAUCUCUGGAUCAUGAUCACAAGUUUGUUUCCCAAGCUGAGUUUGAGGCUAAUGUUGACAUCAAAGAACCGCAAGAGAUUGUAACAAAGUCAAGGCGUGGAAGGAUGACUAGAAAAGAAACUUUCAAGGACCAAGCUCUGGAUGAACAUCCAAAGGUUGUUCUUCAAACUGUUGUUGAGGACUGUGUUGACAGUAAAAUGCCUGAAGCGCCCGUGGUCAAGUUUGGCCGAGGACGAAAGGCCAAACAUCAAAAACCACAGACAGCUGAAGAUGUUGUUCUCCAGCCUGCUGUAGACACCAGCACACAUGUAGCUGUGAUUGAAGAACAUCCUGAAACUGUGGUGAAAUCUGUUAGAGGAAUUAGGCAGACAAAGCAGCCAAAAGCAAAGAUUUCAGUAGAGCCUGAGGAGAAUGUUGCCAGCAUGGUAGCGCAAGUAGAUGUCUCAGUGGUGAAAUCUGUUCGAAAAAGGGGAGUGAUUGCAAAAGCAUCUGAAAUGGAGGAAGUUCCUGUCAAAAGAGGUCGCCGUGCUAUUGUGGACCCUGCACCUCCAGUUGCUGUAGUGUCUAGUCAUGGACUUAAGGCAGAGCCUGAGGUUACUUCAGAUCCAGCUUCAACUGAAGAGUCUGUUAAGCCAAUAAAACAUUCCAAUCGAACAGCAAAACUGCCUAAAUCAAAAGAGGAAAAUGCCAAAACUGAGCUUAGUUCUGAACAUGUUAUUGCUGAGGACACAUCAGCUGUGGCACUGAAGAUGAAACGAGGAAUUCGAGGCAAAAAGUGUUCAACCAAGGACACUUCUAACACUCCAAUUAAUGAAUCUGCUACAGCUGAUAAAUUUGAUAUAAUGAAACCCACAAAUACUGUUAACUGUAACUCCGAUUUAGUGACAUCUAAAGACACUGAUGAAUUUGAACCUUCUGAAGAUGUAAUGGAGCCAAAGCUGAAAAAAUCUAAAAAGUUUGGCAAAUUACCAGCUGAGACGACCUCCACAGAAACUAAUCAGUCAACUGAUCAGGCAUCCAAAGGCCGCAAUGGGAAAGGUACUAAAAAAGAACCCUUUGUUGAAGACACUCAAGAAAAAGCUGAGGUAAAAGUCAAGCCAUUGAGGUCAGGAAAGGCUGCAACUGCACCUAAAUCAGAGCCCAAUGAUGGUAAGGCAUUAACUCCUCCUAAGAGGAAAAGGAAUGGGGUGAUGGAGGCAAACGAUGACUCUGUUAAGAAACCUUUGCCGAAGAGAAGAGGCAGAGUAGCCAACAGCUCUGGAGUUGCAGGUGAGGUUUCUAUCUCCAGCAAAGCGAUAAAAGGCAAAGCCAGCAAGACAUCAUCUCAAGAUGAAGCAGAAAAAAGUGAAGCUUCUCACAAGAAGAAUGGUAAAGGAACAAGUGGACUGAGAAAGACUGCCAAGGAACUUGAUCCAGCUCCUGCCCAGACACAGGAGUCUCUUUCAGGGACAACCACUCGAAAAGGAAGAAGUUUGAAGAAAGCCGAGGCAGACAUUUCUACAAAGGCAGCUCCCAUUAGGUGCACCAGGAGGAAGUAAAUCACUGAUCUUACAGAGUGGUCUUAAAUCUUUUAAUCAUAAUUUUGUUUUUUAUAGAAAUGGCAUUUUUUUUGUGUGUGUGUACCUGUUUUUUUUUUUUUUAGCUGAUUUUAUAUUUAGGGAAAAAAAGGCUAAUGGAUGUGUAUAUUUUAUCAUAUUUUUUUGUAUUUCCCUUGUUAAACCCUGAAAAGGGCAUUAAAACAAAUUUUCCAA